CGACUCUCUCUUAAACCCUCACAAAAGCCUUAAACCCUGAAAACCAAACAAAAACUCUUCUUCUAGUUCUCUGUCAUUUGUUCUGAUUCCAAAACCUGAUAGAUUGAUUAAGAUGAUGGCGAUGACUCGCACGCAAGCGUGUAGGCACAUGGCGAAGUCGGCGGCGCACGUAGCAAGUGCGCGCCUCUUCUCCACGGCAGCCAGAGCUGCCACCACUAAUGCGCCCACGGCCAAACAAUUGUCCUCCAUAAUCAUUCCUCUAAAGGAUGCGGCCGCAGGCGCAUGGUGGAACAACGGCAGCAUCAUUUACCUCGUUCAGAGGGUACGCAGUGGUAGCACUCUGGCUCUCGGCCGUCAGGAGAAGCAGCAGGAGGAGGAGGCUGAUCAUAGCAACUCCGCCGUUUCAGUUGCCGGACACGGUGGUGGUAAUAAGGACGAUGAGGAGAAGGCCAUCACCAGCUACUGGGGGGUGGGACCGAACAAGAUUACCAAGGAAGACGGUACUGAAUGGAAAUGGAAUUGCUUCAGACCAUGGGAGACGUACAAGGCCGAUACCUCGAUAGAUCUCCAGAAGCAUCACGUGCCUACAACUUUGAUGGACAAAAUGGCCUACUGGACUGUCAAGUCUUUCCGAUGGCCUACGGACCUAUUCUUCCAGAGGCGAUAUGGGUGCAGGGCAAUGAUGCUGGAGACAGUGGCAGCAGUGCCUGGAAUGGUAGGAGGGAUGCUGCUGCACUGCAAAUCGCUUAGGCGAUUCGAGCACAGUGGCGGCUGGAUCAAAGCUCUUCUAGAAGAAGCCGAGAACGAGCGUAUGCACCUCAUGACCUUCAUGGAAGUCGCCAAGCCCAGGUGGUACGAGCGCGCGCUUGUAUUUGCCGUUCAAGGUGUUUUCUUCAAUGCGUACUUCUUGGGAUAUAUGAUUUCACCCAAGUUUGCUCAUAGAAUGGUUGGAUAUCUUGAGGAGGAAGCAAUUCACUCAUAUACCGAGUUCCUCAAGGAGUUAGACAAAGGUAACAUUGAGAAUGUUCCAGCUCCAGCUAUUGCUAUCGAUUAUUGGCAGCUACCACCCAAUUCCACCUUGAGAGAUGUUGUUAUAGUUGUUAGGGCAGACGAGGCUCACCACCGAGAUGUCAAUCACUUCGCUUCGGACAUACAUUAUAAUGGACGUGAACUGAAGGAAUCUCCCGCUCCAAUUGGUUACCAUUGAAAUCCAUGAACUCACCUUGUAUUAAGACGAGCAAGAAGUCUGAUAGUAAAUGACAUGGUUUUUGGGUUUUGCCCGAGGUGAUGAUAUAUAUAAGUUGAAGACAUGUAUGUAGCUUAAAUAAAAGCUACUGAAUGGUUAUAGAGAUAACCUGAAGGUGCAAUCAACUUCACUAUAAAUACCAGCGAAUUCAUGAUUUUGAAACA